AUCACUGCUGACGGUUUGGGACCUGGAGGCCGUGGGCUCCUGGGGAGCCACUGGGGAGGGGGGUGGCGGCCACGUCGUCUCCCAGGAACACCUGCGGACAUAAAUAGGCAGCGAGCGAAGGCAGCCCAGCACAGUCCGCACAGCGGCCCCACACACUGUGCCCACCUGCUCCAGGAUGCCGGACACCAUGCUACCCGCCUGCUUCCUGGGCCUGCUGGCCUUCACCUCCGCCUGCUACUUCCAGAACUGCCCGAGGGGUGGCAAGAGGGCCAUGUCUGACCUGGAGCUGAGACAGUGCCUCCCCUGUGGCCCCGAGGGCAAAGGGCGCUGCUUCGGGCCCAGCAUCUGCUGCGGCGACGAGCUGGGCUGCUUCGUGGGCACGGCCGAGGCGCUGCGCUGCCAGGAGGAGAACUACCUGCCGUCGCCCUGCCAGUCGGGCCACAAGCCGUGCGGGAGCGGUGGCCGCUGCGCCGCCGCGGGCAUCUGCUGCAACGACGAGAGCUGCGUGACCGAGCCCGAGUGCCGGGAGGGCGCUGGUUUUCACCGCCGCGCGCGCGCCAGCGACCGGAGCAACGGGACCCAGCUGGACGGGUCGACCGGCGCCCUGCUGCUGAGGCUGGUGCAGCUGGCGGGGGCGCCCGAGCCCGCGGAGCCCGCCGCACCCGGCGUCUACUGAGCCGCCCGCUCCCCCCUCCCGCCCCCGCAGUCCAGAAAAUAAACCUUUUAAAAUGCA